UUACAGUAGGUUAAGUCCCCACUGCUCUGCUCUAGUGUUCCCCCUCACGCUCCUCUCCACACCACGCCCCCUUCUUCCCCUUCCCCUCUCCGGCUCUCCCCUCCCCCCCUCAGCACUUCAGCAGCCACCCAGACAAAGAGAGGCACACACAUCCAAGCAUCCUGCAAGGAGCAAUGGAGUAUGAGAGGAUACACAAGGCACAGGCAGGUGCUCUUUCUCCCACAAAGCUAAGGAUGAAGCUGCUGGGGGCCCAUAAUCGUGUAAGAGUCAUCAGCAACAGCCCGUCUCGAACAUCGCCUUCGAAGAACAUUGAGCCAUCCCAAGCACAGAACAGACUAUUAGUUUGUGAUGUUCUUGAAGAAGUGUCACACAACUCUGAUGCCUCCAAAUGUCCUUCAACAAUUAACAAAGCUGAAGCAUUAGAUAAGGACUCACCAGUGGAUAGCAGCAAGGUUCAGAGCAUUUCCAAGAGUUCAGUUCACCAACCUGCACCUAGCAACUCAAGCAUGAUACAUCCGGUGCGAACUGCCGAAGAAGACAGUAAUGACUGUGACAGUGGUCUCGACAAUGCUAGUACUAGUAGCUUCGAGUUCCAUGGAGACGAGAAAAUGGCAGCCCAGAAUCCGACAACGGGGUAUUUCUCUAGACAGGCUUCCUCCAAGUGGAACGAUGCGGAGAAAUGGAUUGUGAACAAGCAAACUGUUCAACAGAAUAUCACCAAGGGCGUGUCACAGAAGCAGAAUGCAUACCAGGUGAAUUCUGCUGCAGCCAGGGGUGUCAUUGUACCCAAACAUUCAAACCACAGCGCGUUUGCUCGUCCACUGCAGAACAUGAAAAGGUUUAAUCCAGCUUCGUCAGCAUCUCGAAGCAUAUUAGAGAGGUUGUCUUUUGCUUCACAUCAGCCGAAGUUGGUUAGGCAUGCAGAUGUCUGUCCAGUUCAAAGUGGUAGUGCCAACUCUGAGUAUCAGAAGGAGGCAAUUGAUACCAGUUCAUCAAUUGCAAUUAAACCCUGCAAGGAUCUCCAAGAUAUUACCACAGUUCAAUCGGUAUCUGUGAGAGAUGUGGGCACAGAAAUGACCCCAAUACCAAGUCAGGAACCUUCAAGGACUGGAACUCCGCUUGGGUCAGUGACACCAACUCGGAGCCCGAAUUGUUCAAUACCAUCAACUCCGGUAGGAGGACGAUCCACAGCAUCACCAGGAGAAGACAACACAGAUGAUGGUCCUUAUUUCAACAGAAAAGGUGGAGCAAAUGAGAUGUCAGAGAAUGAAAUAAGGCUAAAGGCAAGGAAAGAAAUUGCAGCCCUAGGUGUACAGCUAGGAAAGAUGAACAUUGCUACAUGGGCUAGCAAAGAAGAACUAGAACUAGUCUCUGCAAAACCAAGCAUUGCUGAUCUGGAGCGAAUGAAGAAGGAAUAUGAAGCUCGUGCGGCAGCCUUUGAGGAAGCAGAAAAUUCUAAACAUACAGCAAGAUUCAAGAAGCAGGAGCUGAAGAUCGAAGCAUGGGAGAGCCGUCAAAGAACGAAAGUUGAAUUCGAAAUGAGGAGACUAGAGGAACAUGCAGAGAGAAUGAGAAGUGAGGCCAUGGCGAAGAUGGCUGAAAAGCUAGAGAUGGCACGCCGUCUGGCUGAAGAGAAAAGGGCCUCAGCCAAUGCCAAGAUGAACAAGCAAGCAGCAAGGGCAGUUCAGAAGGCCGAUCAGAUACGCCAAACAGGGCGGAUGCCAGGGUCCCAUAUCCUAUGCUGCAGCUGCUUCUGUGAACGUUAGUGUAUGUUUAACAACUGGCUGUUAAGUGUGGUCGUGGUAAACCUAAAUUCCUCGUUCUCUAGUCAGCAUUCCUUGGUUUUAGUAUGGGAAAGGGAAUGUCCGAUUUAGGUAUUCAGAUGUACACAUUCUUGAUUGUCAUAUAAAUAAUUCCAAUGCCUGCAUUUGUUUGCUCA